AUGGACACACAGAACAGCACAGCCGAUGAGGAUGAAGAUGGCUGGCAUGCCAUAAUCGGGCUGCGGACGGGAAAUAGCCCUGAAGAGGACAAUCAUCUGAGAAUCGAAGCACCUGAGUUCCACCCAGACAAUGACAUGACUCAGGAGGGUGAGGAGCACGACACAGACGACGACACAAUGCCACAUGUGGCACCAGAAGCCGAGGCGCCAGAGGACCGGGCUGAGAAAGUCGACGGUCAGGAUGAGGUGUUGUCUGAGUCCAGCUCCAGUGACCAAGAGAAUCCGGUCGACACCCCAGCUAAACAGUAUCCUUUCAGACUUAGAAAGAAAAGAGUGAUAUUUACCUAUGAUAAAUUAGGUGUGCCUAGCACUUCAAGUGUUUAG